CUACAACUAGGUAUCGUUGCUCGAUUGUUUACAUAAUCUCAUCUGAACAUGGAUCGCCAGUUGUUUCCCCUCCUUGUGGAAUUGCCAGAGAACCAACGACAAACGCAUCUACCUAGGCAGAACCCUGUUUGCACCAACAGUACUUCUGUUGGCUUGGAUCACAUUUUUGACCAACUCUUAUAAUCUUCUCAUUUCUCACUGUUUUUAACAUUUCCAAGUGCAUAUCACCUCGUCCCCCAUGACAAUCAACCCUUUUUUCUCAAUCGCUCUCAGUCACACUCGUCCUUCUUAGCAGCCAUGACCGAGGGACUAGAGACAGAGGGCCUAGCACCAUUUCCAGUCGAAGGUCUGUCAGAGCCCUGCCAGACCUGGUACAAGAUCUUCGGGGACCUCGGAACAACAGCAGUGCCCUUGAUCCUGCUCCAUGGUGGCCCUGGGGCCAGCCACGACUACUUACUGCCCUUGGUUGACCUCGCGCCUGAGACCCCUCUCAUCUUCUACGACCAGCUUGGAAACGGCCGGUCGACCCAUUUGCCCGGGAAGAACGGCGACGAGAAAUUCUGGACAGUGGAGCUUUUCAUGAAUGAGCUCGAUAAUUUGAUCAAGCACCUUGGCCUUCAAGACCGGCCCAUUGAUGUCUACGGUCAGUCUUGGGGUGGGAUGCUGGCGGCCGAGUGGGCAGCAGCACAACCGAGCUCGUCCAAUCUCCGGCGCCUGGUUCUCUCAAACAGCCUUGCGAGCAUGGAGAUCUUCCAUGAGGGUGUCACCGUGUUGAGAAAGCAACUGCCCAAAGAUGUCCAGGAGGCUCUGGACCGCGCGGAGGAGACCAAAGACUUCACAAGCCCCGAGUACGAGGCUGCCGUUGAAGUCUUCUACAAGAGACAUCUCAGUCUUAGCAGACCCUGGCCGCCCCCAGAGGUCCAGUCUGCGCUUGACUGGUUUGCCAAGGACCCGACCGUCUAUGGAACAAUGUAUGGUCCAAGCGAGUUAUACGUAUCCGGUUCACUUCGCAACUGGACUUGCAUACCCAAGCUAUCCAAAAUCAAGGUUCCCACCCUGAUCAUCAACGGGGCACAGGAUGAGGCCCAGGAUGUGGCCAACCAGCCCUUCUUUGACAACAUCGAGAAGGUCAAGUGGAUCACGCUGGAUAAUGCUGCACACUUUUCCCAUGUCGACCAGCGGGAGCGUUAUAUGAAGCACCUGGCGGCCUUCCUUAGAGCAUAGACCAUGUCAGGACUGAUUGGAAGGGCAUGAGUUUCUUGGUGCUGAGGUUUUUACUGGAAUUUUGGGAUGCGAAUUGCGCGGCUACUUGCAUGAUAUCGACUUACUAGUUAAAUCCGGCCUUGCAGGCUUUCACAUACAAGAGUCGCUGACCUUGAUGCGUAUAACUGGUUUCGCUUCUGUUUCGUGUCCCUCCGAGGACACACAUCGCGCGUUCAUGCAGUGCUAAACGCUCGAGAAUCAUGUAAAAAAGCCAAACUGCCAAC